AUGGUCAGUUCCUACCCAUCAAGCAGCUCUUUCUCACAGCAGCUGCUAAUCAGAGAUGAGUUAGAGCUACAGGAGGAAGUGUUAGAGUUACAGGAGGAAGAGUUCGAGCUGGAGCUACAGGAGGAAGAGUUAGAGCUGGAGCUACAGGAGGAAGAGUUAAAGCAACAGGAGGAAGAAUUAAAGCGACAGGAGGAAGAGUUACAGCUACAGCUACAGGAGGAAGUGUUAGAGUUACAGGAGGAAGAGUUAGAGCUGGAGCUACAGGAGGAAGAGUUAAAGCGACAGGAGGAAGAGUUACAGCUACAGCUACAGGAGGAAGUAUUAGAGUGACAGGAGGAAGAGUUAGAACGACAAGAGGAAGAGUUAGAGCUACAGUUACAGGAGGAAGAGUUAGAGCGACAGGAGGAAGAGUUAGAGUGACAGGAGGAAGAGUUAGAGCGACAGGUGGAAGAGUUACAACAGGAGGAAGAGUUAGAGCGACAGGAGGAAAAGAAGUUAGAGCGACAGGAGGAAGAAUUAGAGCGACAGGAGGAAGAGUUACGACAGGAGGAAGAGUUAAAGCGACAGGAGGAAGAGUUAGAGUGACAGGAGGAAGAGUUAGAGCGACAGGAGGAAAAGACGGGAGAGUUAAAGUUACAGGAGGAACAGUUAGAGCUACAGGAGGAUGAGUUAGAGUGACAUUAGGAAGCAUUAGAGUUACAGGAGGAAGAGUUAGAGCGACAGGAGGAAGAGUUAGAGCGACAGGAGGAAGAGUUAGGGCAACAGGAGGAAGAGUUAGAGUACAGGAGGAAGAUGUUGGUGAUACAGGAGGAAGAGUUAGAGAGACAGAAAGAGGAGUUAGAGUUACAGGAGGAAGAGUUAGAGUGACAGGAGGAAGAGUUAGGGCAACAGGAGGAAAAGUGA